CUUUGCCUUACACUCUAGUCAUAAACACGUGUACCUACAAAAUGGUGCAUUAAAAUAUAAUUAUUAAAAUUAGAAAGACAAGUUCAUUCAUACAAAAAGUGCUCUGAAAGCUAAGGAACGAUGGCGAUUUCACUACUCGCCAAGUUAAUCAUUACGGGGGUGUCCCUGGGUGUGAUAGCCGGCAUGUCGGUCACAAUAUACUUCGUGGUCACUGAUGAGGGCCCGAUCCACGACAUUACGACCACCGAAGGGACGGAAGUGACCACAACAACGGAGGCCCCGACUGAGCUACUGUAUGAAGUUGGCGUCGGGAUUGCUGAUAUGACAGGACCGUGUGUGGAGAUCACAUUCAUGGGAUACGCUGAGUUAUCUCAAUCCGGUGCUGGCCUCCAUACCCGACAGUUCGCUCGAUCCUUCAUCUUUGAAAAAGAUGGUAAAAGAAUAGUUCUUGUCACCGCCGACGUUCAAUCUAUUGGUAUUGCUGUUAGGCGGGAAGUUGUCAGGAAUCUCCAAGCCAUGUAUGGCGAGCUAUACACGCUGCAGAACGUGAUACUGACAGGAACGCACACUCACGCGGCGCCGGGCGGGUAUCUGGUGGACUUCAUCCUUGACGUCAGCAUCCUCGGCUUCUCUAGAGAAACCUUCGAUGCUUAUGUUACGGGAAUCACAAAUAGUAUUGUCCGUGCUCAUGACAACAUGGUGCCAGCGCGCCUGUUUUACAGCACAACAACGGUCCCUAAUGCCAACAUGAAUAGAUCACCAUAUUCGUACGAAUAUAACCCACCGGAAGAAAGAGAAAGGUACGAACGUAACACCGACAACGUCCUCACCCAGGUCAGAAUAGUGAAGGAAGACGGCUCCCUUCACGGUGUCAUGAACUGGUUCCCAGUCCACACGACCAGCAUGAACAUGACCAAUUUGCUGGUGUCCUCGGACAAUCUGGGCUACGCUUCCAUAAAGAUGGAGGCCAUGUUGAACCCUGGCAAGUUUGUUGGUCAGGCAGACGUCGUAGCCGGUUUCUUCGCAUCGAAUCUCGGCGAUGUAUCGCCCAACCUGCGCGGAGCCCGAUGCGAGUUCAGUGGGGAAGAGUGCGACAACCAAUUCCUACUGUGCGCUGCGGGAGAGCGCUGUUACUCUUUAGGCCCGGGAGAAGACAUGUUUGAAAGCACCAGGAUUAUUGGGACAGCAGUGUAUGAAGGAGCACUGGAAGCGCUCAAUAAUGCUGGACAGGAACUGAGAGGAGACAUCAAUGUUGUCCACCAAUUCCUGAAUAUGGCUGAGCAAGUUGUAUCUAAAUAUGAUCCUGUCGGACAGGUUUUUAAUGAGAAUGAACAAGUCACAGGAUGCAAUGCUGCGUUGGGACACAGUUUUGCUUCUGGAACUAUUGACGGCGCCAACACAUUAAACAUUACUCAGGGCACCAUAUCAGGCAACCCUUUACUGGACGCGAUUGGAGGCGUCGUAACAUCACCGCCCACAGAAGAAGACAUCGAGUGCCACGCGCCUAAACCCAUCUUACUGAUGACUGGUCGAGCCAACUUCCCACUCCCCUGGCAUCCCAGAAUCGUGUCAGCCACGGUGGUGUACCUGGGUGGGCUGGCCAUCGCGGGAGUUCCCGGCGAGCCGACCACCAUGUCCGGGCGCCGCAUUCGCGACGUGGUUGGCGCCGCUAUGGAGCGCCUCGGCCUGCCGCCUCGUGUGGUCGUCUCGGGGCUCACCAACGAGUACAUCCAUUAUGUGGCCACGCCUGAGGAGUACCAGGUGCAAAGAUACGAGGCAGCUUCUACGAUCUUCGGCCCUAACUCGCUAGAUAUUUUCCUGAAUAAGUUCGACGAAUUCACCGCUGUCGCGAUACAGGGCGGUUCUGUGGCACCAGGGCCAGAGCCAGCCGACAACAUCGCGCGGACGAUCUCACUAAUCCUACCUGUGAUAGUGGACAACUCGCCCAUCGGCGCCAGCUUCGGGGAUGUCACGGAACAGCCUCCCGCAACCGUUGCGAGGGGGGAAACUAUUAGUGCUACUUUUGUGGCCGCGAACCCUCGCAAUAACCUUCGGCAGGGGUCGUCGCACGCGGUCAUUCAGCGGCAGGAGUUGGGCGAGUGGGUGACCAUUGCUACCGACGCCAACUGGGAAACAAAGUUCUACUGGGAGCGCGUAUCAACGGUGCUCGGCACGAGUCGGGCUACGUUUGAGUGGACGGUACCAGAAGACGCCCUGACUGCGCCCUACCGUGUCGUCUAUUAUGGAUCCCGACGGAGCCUGUUCGGGACAAUCACAGAGUUCGAGGGAUACAGCAACAGCUUUAAUGUUAUAUAAAUUAUUUAUUU